CUAUCGCAGCUGUUUGGGAGAGCUGUCAGCCAAAAGACUUUAAAAUGAUGCAGAGCACAGUGAAGAGCCUGAAAGUUACUUACAACGAUGUCAGGGAAAAUGGUACGUUUACGAACGGCGACACUCUGAAUGGACAAGUCAUUUUGGAAGUCACCAAAGACUGCAAAGUGGAAUCGCUUUACGUCAAAUUUAAGGCUAAAGCCGAAGUGAUGUGGAGUGAGAGACACUACAAACAUACUUAUACUUACUACGACAAGAAGAAGUACUUCAGCCUCAAACAUUACUUUAUCCGGGAUGGAAACGAAACCGAUGGAAAUCAACUGUUGAAUGAAAAUGGCAAAACAUACAGUGAUUUACUUCCUCCAGGAUCUCAUGUCUUCCCCUUCACCUUUCAAGUCCCUUUGCAAGAAAUACCGUCCUCCUUCAGUGGUUCGGUUGGUGAAAUUGUGUACCAGCUCGAGACCAAGCUGUGUAGAUCCAUGAGGUUCAGAACAAAAGAAACCCUCAAGAUUCCCUUUGUGGCAACAGUUGCCCCCGACACGUUGGCACAACUAAUGAUGACACCUCAACAGGAUUUUAAGGAUAAAAACAUGCAUGUGUUCAGCUCGGGAGCUGUGGCCAUGGAUGUCAAGAUUGAAAAAUCUGGUGUCUUCCAAGGAGAGGCUUUGCAGAUUUCAGGCUCCAUUCAGAACAACUCCUCUCGUGAUAUCACACCUAAGUACUGCAUUUACAGUAAGCACAGCUUCUUUGCAAGGGGGAAGAGAAAGCUUGAUACUAAAGACCUCUUGAAAGAGGUGGGAGAGCCUAUCCCUCCAUCAGCCAGUGUAACAAUCAAUAAGGUCAUCACAGUUCCCCCGUAUGUGAAACCCUCCAUCCUCAACUGUGAAAUCAUCAAACUGGAGUACAGACUCAGGGUGUAUUUGGAUGUAAAGUAUUCUUCAGACCCAGAGGUCAAAUUUCCCAUUACCAUUCUUCCAGGCUUCCAGGCAUCUGCCAUGGCAGCAAACAUGCCUUCCACUUCUACUGGAUUUGAAUUUGCAUCACAUGGAUACCAAAACCCACCGGCCUUUGAUACUUUUUCAACACCACAACCGUUCAAUCCCCCACCUUCUUAUGGAGGUCAUGGAAUGUACCCUUCUUUGAUGGAUUUUGGUAGCAAACAGUGAUUGGUAAUGACGUUCUCUAGAUUUGUUUACAUUUGGGAUGUUCCGAUCGCAUAUUUUUCCAUCUGAGUCACCUGAUUUUUAGAAUCUGCCGAUACAGAGUCCUGAUCAGAUAACGAAAAAAAUAUAUAUAUACCGUAUUGGCCCAAAUAUAAGACGGCCCUGAUUAUAAGACAACCCCCUCUUUUUCAAGACUAAAAUUUGAAAAAUAACUUUUUGAACACCAAAUUAUUUUUAUACAGAAAAUAAUUAUAGUACAUCUGAAAAAAAUGAUUAUAACAAUGUUAUUUUGCCUCAUUCAAAUCCUAAUAUCUCAACAUUUAAAUAUGUAAACUAAAGUGCAACUACAUUCGUAAAUUCAUUUAUUUGUUUUUGAAAUGUAAAUAAACCAAUCUGUCGUGAUUAAAACAACAAAAUUGCAAUAACUGCAUAAACCAUCAAAGUGAAGUCUAACUAACUGGUCUUGAAACAAAUCUGAAUAAGGAAAAAUAUUGCAAUAAAAUAACGCAAACUGGUUAAACUUGAGACUAGCUGAGAUCUGUCAUGACAGAACAUUGCUUCAAUGAUAUCUGGCGCCAUCUAGCGUCGUGAAUGGGUAUAAUGUCUGGACCGCGAAUAUAAGACGACCCCCACUUUUUCAGUCUUAUUUCAAUGCAAAAAACACCGUCUUAUAUUAGAGCCAAUACGGUACAUAUGAAAAAAUUAGGACUCCCCAUUAAAUAUUUCUUUCCUUACUAAGAAAUGCUCACAUAUCGAUGUCUGAUCUUGUUUUAUCUCUGGAGAGAAAGUGACUUUAUUGCGGGUAAACAACAAAAAUUAACAUUGUUUUACUCAUUAAACCAAAUAUAUAAAAAAAAAUGCAUAUUCCAACUGAGGAAAAAGUUGGGACACCUGAUAGAUAGUAUUACCCCCUUUGGCUGAACUGCAGUGAGACGCUUUUUGUAGCCAUCUACCAGUCUUUGACAUUGGUCUGAAGAAAUUUUGCCCCAUUCCUCAAUGCAGAAUACUUUUAACAGUGAGUGACUGUUGAAGUGAGAGAAAACAGCAUGGUGAGAUCAAAGGACCUGUCUGAGGCCUUCAGAAAGAAGAUUGUAGACGCUUAUGAGUCUGGUAAGGGAUUUCAAAAGACCUCAAAACAAUAUAAAAUCAGCCAUUCCACGGUCCGUGAAAUAGUGUACAAGGGGGGGAAAUUCAAAACAAUUGCCAAUAUGCCAAGGUCUGGCAGACCGCAAGGUGCUAAAAGAAGUCUCCAAAAACCCUCAAAUGUCAUCACUGGACCUACAGCAGGCUCUUGCUACUGUUGAUGUGAAAAUGCAUGCCUCUACAAUCAGGAAAGAGACUACAUGAGUUUAACCUUCAUGGAAGGUGUGCAAGGAGGAAACAUUUGCUCUCCAAGAAGAAAAUGAAGGCCAGACUGAAGUUUGCCAGAGUGAAUGUAGACAAAGACCAGGACUUCUGGAAUAAUGUUCUUUGGACAGAUGAAUCUAAAAUUGAAUUAUUUGGACACAAGAACAGAGGACAUGUUCGGCGUAAACCCGAAACAGCAAUACAGGAAAAGAACCUCAUACCAACUGUGAAGCAUGGAGAUGGAAGUGUCAUGGUUUGGGGCUGCUUUCCUGCAACAGAACCUGGCCAGAUCACCAUGAUAGAAUCCACCAUGAAUUCUAUCGUGUAUCAGAGGAUUUGAGGAACAUGUGAGAUCAUCUGUGAAAAAAUUAAAGCUGAAGCGAAACUGGACCCUGCAACAUGAAAAUGACCCAAAACAUACCAGUAAAUCCACCAAGGAAUGGUUAUUUCAGCCAAAGGGCGUAAUACUAGCUAUUAGGUGGUAGGGUGUCCUAACUUUUUCCUCAGUUAGCAUUUUUGUUGAUAUAUUUGGUUUAAUGAGUGAAACAAUGUUAUUUUUUGUUGUUUCUUUUCAGAGAUAAAGAAAAACAAGAUCAGACAUUGAUUUGUGAACAUUUUUUCGAUAAAGAACUGAAUAUUUAAUGGGGAGUUUUUUCACCUGACUGUAUAUAUAUAUAUUUUUUCAACAAAAGUUCCAAACAUGUUACAGUAUUCCCUCUUACGCUUUUUCCGGGAGUCUUGCGGAGUAUAAGACGUACCGUAUUUUUCGGACUAUAAGUCGCGUUUUUUUCAUAUUUUGGCUGGGGGUGGGAAUUAUACUCAGGAGCGACGUAUGUGUGAAAUUAUUAACACAUUAUGAUAUCAUUUCACAUGUUAUUUUGGUGUUUUGGAGUGACACUGAUGGUUUGGUAAACUUGUUAGCAUGUUCUUUAUGCUAUAGUUAUCUGAAUAACUCUUAAUAGCUAUGGCCACCUUCGCCUUCUGUCUUUGGCAAUGUGUGUUCAAAUGUAUUAUUGACUUUUUUUAAUAUUGAAAUGCAUGCUUUUAGUUUGUGGCGCUUUCACGCUCACGUGUGGACGCACUCGCACUUGUUUACGUGAAGAGCGCUCACACGCUAGAAGAAGACGGACAAAUACGUAGCUCUGAGUGAGUGGGUGAUUAGCGAGAGAGAAACACGGCUGCGAACCUACGUUCAUUGUUUAUGCUUUUAAAAUAUCUCUACAGAGGCAACGCCUGUGUGUAUCUUUUCUGUUGUUGUUGUGUGUUUUCCACCAGCAAUCGGACACUUAGAGCCAGUUGUGUGGGUGUUUGAACGAUGUGCUAAUGCUAGCGGACGCAUGCUAACCGUUUAUGUCAUUGCUGUAAAACAACCUAAUUAUCAUUUCUUAACGUUGAUGCGAACCUAUUUGGUAUCGAGGACCAAAUUGAUUCAGCAAAUUAUACGGACGUCCAGCAUCGUCAUUUGGGAGUUCGCUGUAUAAACAGGACCGAGCCGUAGCGUCCUGGUGAUGACAGUAUAUUCGCAUUUCGUUGUUCAUGCACUGUACACUGUACAUUUAUUCAACAUGUUGUUCUCGAUUGUAUUUUUAUAUAAAAUUGCCUUUCAAGAUGUAUUCUAUGUGUUGGAUUUGAUCCUCUAAAAAUGCGAUUUAUAUGUUUUUUUCUCUUCGUUGGGCAUUUUAUGGCUGGUGCGACUUAUACUCAGGUGCGACUUGUAGUCCGAAAAAUACGGUAUAUAUUUUUAUUUCUAUUAUUUAUAUUGCAAUGCCAUUGUAUUUCUGGAUUAUUAUGUUACUUUUUAGUUCUUAAUUUUUUUUUUUUUUUUUUUUUUAAUCAUUGAAAACCCGAUUCUUUUCACAAGCUUCAGAUCCUCUGAAAAAUGGCGCGAUCGGCAGAUUUUCGAUCACGUGACUGGUUAAAAGACAUCCCUAGUUUACAUUUCGUUACUGAUUAAAUGUUAACCUGUUACCGUACAUUUAAAUGUGACUCUUGGAUAUGUUUGAGUUGUCAGAAAAGUUCCAGGGGCUUCAUUUAUGAACCAUGCACCCUUACAAAUAGGAACCUGUUAUGCAAAGAUUUUGAGGUAGAAUACUGGAACUACAGUACAGACAGUAUAAAAAGCUAAUAUUUGGAUAUGAGCCUGUUCAUCUGCCAAUAAUUAUCUUUGAAAAGUGAAACUUCAAAAGUGUGUAGAAAAAUUAAUUUAACAUUUUAAAGAUGAAAUUUUAAAUUAUCCAGUUCGAGGCAGUCUUAAGUUUCUGACUUAUUAAGGGAAUGAUCCCAUUAUUGUAAUGUUUCAUCAUAUUGUUUCUCCUCCAAUAAGUACCUCAAUCUCUGUCAGAGUAAAUCACUGUUCUUCACCCUUUUUUCAAUGGUUUUGGGGAAGGAAAAAGCACAUUCACUCUUUAGACUUGGUGCUAAAUUAUUUCAGUAAUAAUAGUACAAAUACUUAAAGACACGUGGAAAUAAAUAAAAAAAAAAUCUUGUCUUGUCUCCAUCUUGGAUUGGCCCUCACAGGAUUUUCAAUCAAUACCAGCACUGAUCUGCUAUUCUUCAACUUUAUUAAUAAUCAAAAAAAGGCACUGCAGAAGGUUAAACAACACAUAUCUUUAAUUCUUGUUACUAAACUUCUACCACAGCUAUAAAUGACCUCAAUCUUAAAAACAUAAACACAGCUAACCCGACUUUGACCGCGUAAAAUUUUGUUUAUUUAAACAGAAAUGUAUUGUAAUACAAUGUGGAUGCCAAGAGUCACAACAUCAACUAUCAAAUAAAUUGACAAUUUAUUUAUUAGUAGGCAUUAUUGUUGUUUAUCUUUGUUGAUGGCUAAUUGCUAACAAUAUCAUGGAUAACAGAGGCAGAUCCGUUCGAAUCUGCACGGGUUGCACAUUCACGCUUCCAUUGGUUAAGAGUUGUGUGCUAAUUAGGGCUGUCAAACGAUUAAAAUUUUUAAUUGAGUUAAUCCCAGCUUAAAAAUUAAUUAAUCGUAAUUAAUCGCAAUUCAAACCAUCUAUAAAAUAUGUCAUAUUUUUCUGUAAAUUAUUGUUGGAAUGGAAAGAUAAGACACAAGACGGAUGUAUACAUUCAACAUACUGUACAUAAGUACUGUAUUUGUUUAUUAUAACAAUAAAUCAACAAGAUGGCAUUAACAACAUUCUGUUAAAGCGAUCCAUGGAUAGAAAGGCUUGUAGUUCUUAAAAGAUAAAUGUUAGUACAAGUUAUAGAAAUUUUGUAUUAAAACCCUUCUUAAUGUUUUCGUUUUAAUAUAAUUUGUAAAAUUUUCAAUCAAAAAAUCAACUAGUAGCACGCCAUUGCUGAUGUCAAUAAUUAUACAAUUCUCAUGGUGCUGAAACCCAUAAAAUCAGUCGCACCCAAGCGCCAGCAGAGGGCGACUAAACUCCAAAGAAUCUGAAUCUGAAGCUGAACAUCUUUAUUUUGUUUAUUGUCAUUACACAAAGUGUCAUGAAAUUCAAAGCUGCCCCACAGAGUGCACACACACACCAAAAAAUGGAUUAAAAGAGUAUGUACACAAUAAAAACACAAUAAAAAAGACUUGUAAUAGUGGUACUCUUGCAGUAUAGGUAAGGUGACGUGAUAGUAGCGGUCAGUAAUGAGUAUUGGUUAUUCACAGUGCAAAAAGUCACACGAGUAACAAGUGCACAUGACACUGUGCUGUCAUUUUAAUCUGUUUGAGCGGGGCAUUGCAUUAAUUGCGUCAAAUAUUUUAAUGUGAUUAAUUAAAAAAUGUAAUUACCGCCCGUUAACGCAAUAAUUUUGACAGCCCUAGUGCUAACUGCUGAGCUAAAUCGCCGAGCUGGCUACCAGCGACCAGCCAAGUCCGAUGUUGUAUGGAAAGCAGACAAAGUUCUUACUUUGAGACACCCUCCUAAACAGGAAUCAGCACCAAGUGCAUAUGCUUCAUUAAAAGACAUUUUAUCUAUUAUAUACUGUAAGAUGAUGUCGGCUUAUGUGUAACUGAAUAGAAAAAAGGUUUAUGGAAAAGCGAGAUAAUACUUGUUCACACUAUUUUUAUUUUGUCAGUGCAUCCCUCUUGCAAAGUGCAGUACCACAAGCAGAACAUUUAUGUGGAAACUAAAUUUGAAUGAAAAUAAAUAAAUGCAAAAAUAAAAAUCACAGUUCUAAAUAGAAAUGUUAUUUAGAUAAAAAACAGUUUGGAGGAAAAAAACAUCGUGGGAAUUGUAUUUUUAUUUUUUCAUUUAUUUUGCAAAAAAUAUUUGACGGUAUUUACAGCAACAACGGCAAAAAUCGAGUCCAGCACCAAAGUUCUAAUUCGAAUGUGUAAAUUUUGUGGAUAUUAAAUAUUAAUCAUUGAAAUGCUGUUUUGUCUUUUAUUCAUCAUAAAGCUGACUAUAAACACUGUACUCAAGCUUUUUCGUCAUAGUUGUUGUAAAUUCUUUUCUACUCUGUCCUUGCUCAAUAGUUCGUAUACAAUAUAAUUUUUUUGUGCAAUCAAUAAUUUGCAUGAUUGUUUCUGUACAACUUACCUCAAUA